CCUAGGAUACAGAGGUAUUUUUGGGAUGUCGUACCUAAGUUGAUCGUAAAAAUGCAUGGCUCAACUCUAUAUUGACUUCAUCCGUAAGUUGCAGCUGUGGGUUUUGUUGAAGGACAACAUCUGGAUACUACUUGCUCGGGAAGAUAUUUUAUCACACAUCUACCAUGAAACAAACGGAUACAUAUGAUAUUCGGAGCGUUCAAAAUGAAUUAUUUCCACUUCACAAAAAUCCUGAGGAUGAUGCAGAAGACACCAAAGAGGAGAAAGUUGAGGAAGAUAUACGUGUCAGCAACGAUGCCUUGGACAGCACUAAACCAUUUUUACAAGAACUCAGAAACAGCAAAGACAUCCGAUUCAAAGUCCUUCUGAGUAUAUGUGUAUCCAUGGCAUUCAACAUAUUGGGAUGGACGAAAGGACAACUAGGACCAGCAUUUGUCGAUCUUUUGCUUAUUUCCGGAUGUGACGUAGAAAAGGGGUCCUUUUUCAUGACGGCAUACUUUACCGGUCGUGUGAUUGGUCCAAUAUUAGCUGGAAUUUUAUCAAUGAAAAUAAACCGAUACAUGUUAUUGGUAUUUUCUUUAUUGGCAAAUACUUCGACGGUUGUUUCUAUUCCAUGGUGCUUUAACUUUCACUUGAUGAUGGCAGCACACCUUCUUCACGGGAUGUCCGGCGGGGUACUUUUGGUUGUGGUCACCAAGGAGGCAGUCUCGAUUUGGGGACCAACAACCAGAGGGCGCUCUUAUCUUCAAAUAAUAAACGCAAUUUUCUCCGUUUCUGCAUUCCUUGCUCCUAUGGCCACCGCGCCGUUUCUAGUUCAAACGAACGAAGAUAGCAGCCAAGUUAAGGAUGUACACAACAAUUUAACUACCGCCUUUUGGUGAUACGAUUCCAACGUCAAUCCUCGGUUUGGGGAAAUAUGUCUGGAAACGACAUGAAUGUUACUCUUCCACUACCGGAAUCGAGGCUGUACAUUGCAUACACGAUCUCUGGAGGACUUGCCGUUUUAGCAGCCUUCCCUUUCAUGGUUAUAUUCAAAACGUCUACCGUUGAUACAACACAUUCAGUGAGUGAAACCAAAAUGAACUUCAUCGGUAAUCUUCCAAAAUUCGUCAAAUACCUUCAAUUUUUCAACAUUGGAGUGUACUCAGGUGUUGUGACAGCAGUUGAUUUCAUUUUCAGUGGAUACUUAACAGUUUUUUGCGUUCAGUAUCUUCACUGGUCAAAGACAUCAGGCUCAUUAUUGACAUCUACAUACUUUUUCGCUAAAUUUAUAGCUAGAUGUUUUGGAGUGUUCCUUGUUCGUUUUAUGCAAUCCCAGACAAUUCUACUGACCUUCGUGCUAUUGUUUUCACUCGGUUUUGUCGGAAUGUUGAUCAGUGCUUAUUUAAAUUUAGAAAUAGGUUUAUGGAUAUCUACAUUUUUAAUUGGCUUCACAGCCGGUGUCGUAUGGCCGACAUUCAUUAGUUGGACAAACGAGUACUUCAUCACCAUGAAUGCCAGAGUAUCAGCUUACAUAAUGUCUACAGCGUUCAUUACUCUCCUCGUCAGUCCGGUUUUGUGCGGAUAUUUGAUGGAGGAGAUUUCGAUGGUUUGGUUUCUAUGGUUAUGUAUGUGUAAAUCCUUAGUGAGUGUUGUUAACGUUUUGUUUAUAUUUUUCUACACGCGUGCAGUCAAAAAAGACAAACACUGAAAAGUAAUGUUUUUAGUAUUGGGUGUAGUGUUGAUUUAAAAUGUGACACGAUUCAUAAUACAAUACAAUAUUUCUGAAAUCCAAUAUUGACUAUUAUGAAAUCUAUUGAAUUAUGGAGCACCUAAGCAACCAACUAUUGUUUACUAUGUCGGCGUCGGCAGCAGCGGCGUCGUCUGCACAGACAUUUCUGUAUGAUAACCCAAGUUCCCAUGGGCCGAUCAAACUCAAACUAUAUGCAGAUCUUUCUUACCAAAAGUGCUUGUUUGGGAUUAUUUUUCAGGCCCGAAGGUUGAAGGUCAAGGUCAGUGUUACUGUAAAUCAAAAAUCUGUUUCCGUGCAAUUAAUCUCAUAAUCACUAAACUUAACCCGCAGGCGACACAACCUAUCUUGAGUUGAAGGUCAAGGUCACUGUUACUAUGAUAAAAAAAAAAUUGUUUCCGUGCAAUAAAUCUCGUUAUCACCCAACUUGCUGCGCAAGCUGCACAUCCAUUUCCGUGGAAUUCUUGUUCAAUAUAUCUUGAGUUUCCUUCGUUGACUCCAUGAUCAACUUGGCCCCUCGACACCACAGACGUUUUGGUUCUACUGUAUAUAACUUUCAAACUGAUAACUAUGUUGAUUGAUUCAUCUCUAAAUGUGCUUCCAACGUUUGUGUCUUUGGUACACUCAUUACAUCGAGAACAAUAUAUAAUUAUAUAAUGAAGUAAACUCUACAAGAUUUGAUUGCCAAAUAUCGAUAGUCUAAAUAAAUAGAAAAUAUAUAAUGUAUGCGUGCUCCGUGUCUAUUAGGUCAAGGAGGACUUCCCUGUACCAUCUCAAACAAAUGUAACAGAAAUUAUAGCUUUAAAUCGUCCAUUUAUAAUUAAUAUUUUUUAUCCAAACAAAGCAAUUAAUUAAAACUGACAUAAACAAUUA